CCCCAUUUUCUGAAUCUUGAGAGCGGAGAAUAGAGUUGGCUUGUUCAGUUCUCUGGAAAAUGGGUUCUCUAGUAAAACUUAUAGACCCCAUUCUCAUGUUCUUCUGGGUGAUAUUGCUUAUUGUGGUUCCUUUUCUGGAUACUCAAAUCUUCAUACCUGUCAAGUACUACCCCCGUUUCCUCAUCCAACUCAACGAGUGGCUCGUCCGUGAAAGUGGCCACUAUCUCAUGAUAGAGAAGCCCUAUUUCUUCAUGGGAAUCGUCUUCCAUGACUUCGCCUACCAAACGCCACUCGUUAUUUGCAAUUUUUACGGCUUGUUGACUUCCAAGCCCUGGCUCAGGACCACUCUCUUGAUCUACGGCGGCUCUCUGACUGCUUCCUUGGUUCCGACAUUAACAGAAAUGGUGGGUUCCGGAAAAGCACCUGCUCAGCUGCUCAUGUCGUACGGCCCUUUCUAUGCUCUGGGAUUCUUGGCAACUCUCCGAGGUUUGCUUACCCCUCACGACCUUGGGAAGAGCCCUCAAAUGUCCGCCAACGCCAAGAAGCAUGCUUGAAGUCAUUCUACUGUCCUUCUUCAUGGUAGAUUUGGAAAUGAUGAACGCUGUGAUCUGAACCAUAAUUCGGAGACUGUCAACUAUUUUAUCUCAGGGCAGCUGUUUUAUCGUAAUUAUGAACUUUUUAGCAUAUUUUGUAAUUGUAUUUUAGAAUGUUCUGCUUUAAAUUCUUAAGGUUAGAGUGGAGAUUAUAUCUAAACCCCAUCUCAUUUUGUAGGCUUUGAGAAUUAAAAUAAAUUCACUGUUAAGUUUAUCUCUUUUAGAGAGUAUUCUUUCUUUGCUCUCUAUCCCUCUUC